GAGGCAGGGGCCCUGGAUCCUAGCGGUGGAAAGAGGCCCGAGCGCCGGGGCGGGGGGCCGGAGGCGGGGGCCGGCUCGCUUUUGCCCUCUUCGGCGUAGCAGCUCUGGGCGCUGCCCUCCGCCGCCGCUGGGGCCGAGGGAGGAGAGCCGACGACGGCGGCUCUUCCGCGGCGGCCUCCUCCCCUCCCCGUCCGGUGCCGCAGGAUUGCAGCUGGCACUGGAGGGUGGGCAAGCUCCGGGGAGGGGCGCGCGGGGAGCCCCGCCGGGCGAGCGGAGCCCGGCGGCUGUGCUCGGAGCCGGGCGCGGGGCUUUGAUGGAUUUUACUGCCUGCGUGAGCGCCGGCGUGUGCUCACUGCGGCGGCGGCGGCGGCCGGGCCCUGCCCGGCCCGUGCGGCCCCCGCGCGCUUCCGAGGAGCCCGGCUGGAGCGCCCGCCCCGCGGCCUCGCCUCCCCGCCGAGCCGCCAGCGCCUCGGGACGCGAUGAGGACCUGGGCUUGCCUGCUGCUCUUCGGCUGCGGAUACCUCGCCCAUGCCCUGGCCGAGGAAGCCGAGAUCCCCCACGAGGUGAUUGAGAGGCUGGCGCACAGUCAGAUCCACAGCAUCCGGGACCUCCAGCGACUCCUGGAGAUAGACUCCGUAGGGCCCGAGGGUGCUCUGGAGGCGAGUCUGAGAGCCCACGGGGGCCACUCCUCCAAGCAUGCGCCCGAGAAGCGGCCCGUGCCCAUUCGGAGGAAGAGAAGCAUUGAGGAAGCCAUCCCCGCGGUCUGCAAGACCAGAACGGUCAUUUACGAGAUACCUCGGAGUCAGGUCGACCCCACGUCUGCCAACUUCCUGAUCUGGCCCCCGUGCGUGGAGGUGAAGCGCUGUGCGGGCUGCUGCAACACCAGCAGCGUCAAGUGCCAGCCUUCCCGCGUCCACCACCGGAGCGUCAAGGUGGCCAAGGUGGAGUACAUCAGGAAGAAGCCAAAGUUAAAGGAGGUACAGGUGCGGCUGGAGGAGCAUCUGGAGUGCACGUGCACGGCCACCGGCCCGACCCCGGACCACCGGGAGGAGGAGACAGGAAGGCGUAGGGAGUCAGGUAAAAAACGGAAAAGAAAAAGGUUAAAACCCACCUAACGCAGCCAACCAGAUGUGAGGUGAGAAUAAGCCAGCGGCCCUUCUCCGGGACACGGAUGUACAUGGCGUGUUACAUUCCUGAACCUACUAUGUGCGGUGCUUACUGCCAGUGUGUGGUCUUUGUCCUCCGUGAAAAACUGUCUCCACGCGCACUCUGGAGAACAAAGAGACAGUAUACGUUUGUUCAGUGCGACAUCAAAGCAAGUAUUGUAGCGCUCGGUGAAACAAUAGGAAGCCUCCUCGUCAAACAAAAAAGACAGAGAGCGAGCAAACAACCACGAAACAUGACAAACAAAACUGACUCACACAAAUAUCUACACAGUUGUCGGAAUGGAGGGACGCCCCGUGGGCCGGACGUGUCGCGCCUCGGUGGACUGGAUUUCUGUCCAGGGUGGUCACAGGUGCUUCUGCCGGGGACACAGCGCCUGCUUUCCGGAGGACUCCGGGCGGGUGCCGAGGGCCCUGCGGGGCACGCGGGAGCCAGGAGUGUCUCAGAACCGCCACGGGACUUAGAAACACAUCUCCUUGCCGUAGUGUUUAAGUCUAUACAGAAACCUUCCCGAGAGCCUUAAGUGGAUUUUUUUUUACACCAUAAAGUGAUUAUUAAGCUUUCCUUUUUACUCUUUGGCUAGUGUUUUUGUUUUUGUUUUUGUUUUUGUUUUUUUAAAUGAUCUCUUGGAUGGCAUUGACACCUAUAACACCAGGCUGCUGUAAGUCAGGACAGUGGGACGGUAUUUCUCCUCGCAGGAUGCAAACAAACGAGAUGUAUUAAAAUAAAAUGGUAUACCCACCUAUGCAUCAUU